GACUGGUUCAAACUUUACGUAAAUAUAAAGUAGUUAUAGAAAUGGGGAAAAUUAUUUUUCAGACGCGUGUUUGCACACCAACUGGCAACCCUCCGUCCGGCAGCGGGCGAUUUGACGCAGACUCUCAAAGAAACAUGGCGGAUGAAGUUGAGCAGCAACCAACCACCAACACGGUGGAGGAGCCACUUGAUCUGAUCAGGCUGAGUCUGGAUGAGCGGAUCUAUGUGAAAAUGAGAAACGACAGAGAGCUACGUGGACGACUACAUGCAUACGACCAACACCUUAACAUGAUCCUAGGUGAUGUGGAGGAGACAGUGACAACAGUAGAGAUUGACGAGGAGACUUAUGAAGAACUUUACAAGUCGACCAAGAGGAACAUCCCCAUGCUGUUUGUCCGUGGGGACGGUGUGGUGCUGGUGGCUCCACCCCUCAGAGUUGGUUAACCCUGACAAUGACCUGGCAUGACAGCACCCUAGCUGCCGGUCUGAGGUUUGAUCCCGCUGAAGCCUGAAGCAGAGGGUGGCGCUGUCCUGACAGGCUGCAACAUUCAGGGAGUAAACAUCCUUAGUCAUUGUGCUACAGACUGACUUCAACAUAUCAGCCUAGAAUUACUUUAAUGACUGAGAAUUCAGACGCUCAGCAGAUGGUUUUGUUUUGUUCUGACACUGAGAUGUAAAGGUUUUGAUUCAAGAAAUUAAAAAUGGGAAGAUUUGUCUGUGUUAACAAAAACAUUUUAUUAAAUUUAGGGAAAUUGGUAUUAAUUUUAAAUUGGAAACAUCAGGGAGUUUCUUUAAAAAAUAAUGUAGUCAUGAAUUACAUUUUAAGUUGUAAUUAUUUAGUAGAAUGGAUUAUUUACUCUGAAACUGUGACUUUAAUUUCCUCACUUUUCCAAAGUAUUAAAUUCUUACAAAUUUUCUGUUCAGUCUAAAAAACAAAUCUUGAACAUAAACUUACUUCAAGUAAAACUUUUGUAUUUUCUCUGAGUUAAAGUGAACACGAUCUGUCUGGACCAGAGACUGGCUGUAUGUUUCUGGUUGAUGCUUUUAGUUUGGUCUUGUUAUGUAUAUUUAUAUUUUUUUAAGUUGUUGGGAUGUAUUAGUCUUGCGUGAACAUGGACAUGUUUUCAUUUGGUUUUGGUGAAAAAAAUAAAAGAGGAAAAUUAAGUAGUGUCUUAUCAUUUAUAUUAAAAUAAUGAAUCUGUUAAAAAAAAUCAGUUAUUUGCUAGACCAGUUCUUUUGUACGUAAUGUGAAUCAUGUUAGAGCCAUACAGUUUAUAAAAAAAAACAAGCUGAAAUAAAUAAACAUCUUUGUAAUCAUUA